CAUAUCAACAUGGCAGCGCGCUGAGUUUUAGUGAGGAGUAGAGCUGCAGGUAAACCACACACGAGCCAUGGCAGAUGUUAGUAGCAGCCCUGUAGCUGAUGCACCAGCUCCAAAGGAGGAGAAGCCUGAUGACGUCCCCCAGGAGUCCACAGAUAAUGUCAAAGUGGAAGGAGAGAGCGAGGCGGCCUCUGACCCCAACAUGUACCGCUACAUCAAAGAGGACCUCUUCACAUCUGAGAUCUACAAAGUAGAGAUCAGGAACUUGCCCAAGUUCAUCGGCUUCAACGACCUGAAGAAGUUCCUGGCCAAGCACGACCUCAACCCGCACAAGAUCAAGCUGUUCGGCAGGCAGACGUUCGCUUUCGUCACCUUUAAGAACGAGGAGGAGCGCGACAAAGCCAUGAAGAUGGUGCACGGGAUGCAGUGGAAGGGCCAGGUGCUGAGCGUCAGGCUGGCCAAGCCCAAAGCUGACCCCAUCCUGAGGAAGAGGAAGCAGGAGGAGGGAGAGGGAGCAGGAGGAGGGCAGCCCCCUUCCAAGCGGACGGAGGGGGACGAGGAAGAGGAGGAGCCGCUCAGUGUCAAGAUCAACAACGUGGUGACUCCUCUGUGGAACGUGCCUUAUGAGGAGCAGCUGAAGAGGAAGAAGCAGGAGGUGGUGGCGGUUCUGCAGAGGCUAGCCAAGGAGAUUGGCGGCACUAACAAAGCUAUGCUGCCCUGGCUGUUUGCACAGAAAGGAAAAUACAACAAAAUGUGUUGUCCUCUGGAAGAUAUUCGACCAUCUCCCACACAGACAGAGUACAGAAACAAGUGCGAGUUCCUCAUUUCAGUGGGUGCAGAUGGAGAGGAUAAGACCAUCGGUUUCCGCCUGGGGAAGUAUAAAGGUGGCUCGUGUUCCGUGGUGGGGCCGGCGGACACCUGCCACGUUUCGGCCGAGGCCAAGAGAGUCGUCAGCGAGUUCCAAAAGUUCAUCAGAACGACACCGUACUCGGUGUACAGUCCUGAAACGUAUGAAGGACACUGGAAGCAGCUGACUGUACGCACCACAAGGACCAAACAAGCCAUGGCUGUAGCGUUCUUCAACCCACAGAAACUUGAGAAGGAGGAACUCAACGCAUUGAAGAGCUCCAUGAAGAAGUACUUCACAGAAGGAGAAGGGAAAGACAGCGGCAUCACCUGUCUUUAUUUUGUCAGAGAGGGUCAAAGGACUUCUCCUAACCCUGAAGACAUGCCCUGCGAGCUGGUGGCUGGAGAGGGCUGCAUUCACGAGGAACUACUCGGUCUUAAAUUCAGAAUAUCUCCUCACUCCUUCUUCCAGGUGAACACAGGAGCAGCAGAGGUACUGUACUCUGCAGUGGGGGAGUGGGCCCAGCUGGAUGAAGACAGCACUGUGUUGGAUGUGUGCUGUGGGACAGGAACCAUCGGCAUCUCUCUGGCUAAGAGGGUGAAGAAGGUGAUUGGGAUUGAGAUGUGCCAGGAAGCAGUGGAGGACGCCAAAGUUAAUGCAAAGCUCAACGGUCUGAGUAAUGUGGAGUUUCACUGUGGAAAAGCUGAGGAUGUGUUCCCCAACAUACUCAACGCUCUUGUGUCACCCAGCAUCACAGCUAUUGUGGAUCCACCGAGGGCGGGCCUACAUUCCAAGGUGAUACUGGCCAUCAGGAGAGCAGAGCAUCUGAAGAGGCUGGUUUAUGUCGCCUGCAAUGCCAAAGCAGCCAUGACCAACUUCAUUGACCUUUGCAGAGCGCCAUCCAACAGAGUUCAUGGAGCUCCGUUCCGGCCGGUGCGAGCGAUGGCUGUGGAUCUGUUCCCUCAGACCAUGCACGUGGAGAUGCUCCUGCUGCUGGAAAGAGUGGACUACAAUUCCCAGCAGCAGCAGACCAGCAGCAAUCAGGAAGAGACUGCUCCUUAGCUUGUUUGAGGGAGCAUGGGCUUCGAUGCCCGAUAGAGCUUUCCAUACUGCACACACCCAGUACUCCCGACAAAAAAUAAUUAUUGAUAGCACUCUCUUCUGUCAGCUGUACCUGCAAAGCCUUUCAAUCUUAAGUUUAAAUGGUCAUUUAUCACUCAACUGUAGCUUCAUCUAGAGAUGUACUGAACCUUUAACUUAGGUAAAGAGUCCAGUUAAGUCUUAUUAUUGUUAUGCAAUAUUCAUUUAUGCUUCUUUAGUAGUUAAUACAGUAUGUGUUUAUGAUUCAAUGAGCUCUGGACUAUAAUCCUGGAUUCAUGUUGAGGUGUCCCUUAACCUAAUGUGCCUUUAGUUUAGUCAGCAACUUAUGUAAAAAUGUAGCUAUGUCAAGAGCUUCAUUUUACCUGAUUUGAAUUAGUUUGAUUUCCCUCAGCUACACAACUGUAAAAGAAUACUGCACUAAUAAGUACCAUGGAAGAAAGCUUUACCUAUUCAAGUUCCACUUUGGUUUGUAAAUGGCCUUUUGUUUCCGACUGUUUCAUCAUC